CAUACAGGGCUCUCGUAGUAGCUUAAUUUAAAUCUGUGAAUGAUGGGAAACACAAUAGCUAUACCUUAUAGAUCUUAAAGACUGCUGAUUUAAAUGCUCGUGUUUUGUAGGAACCCCAAAUGGCCCCUUAUAUAGAAGGAUUUGAUGCUGUUUCAUUACAAAAAAAUCAACAGGAAAUAUCCCCAUGCAAAAUAAAUAACAAAAACUUCAAACUCUGAAUUAAUGCACAAUCGGCAGAGCAAACAGUAUUUCCACAAUGAGUCAUCUUUAUUUUUUAGUUUUUUGCAUUCUUAUUUUAAUUCAAACAUAUUCGAGACAGUAAAAUAUGUGCAGCCAGAGUGAGUGUGGGCUCUGUCGUUGGUGGUCUGGGGAGGUCAUGAAUAUAAAAAAACAUCAUUUAAAAUUCUUUCAAAUAGUCUGCAGUUGUCGCCUAUGCGCCAUGUAGGCAGCAGUUUACACGCACGCAUACAUAAACACCCACACAAACUCACACACACACACACACACACACACACACACACACACACACACACACACACACACACACACACGCACACACACACGCACGCACACACGCACACACACACACACACACACACACACACACACACACACAGUCUCUCACACAAAGACACAUAUGUCCAUUUUACACAUUAAAAACACUCCACGCAGCUUCUAGUGUUAAAAAGAUAAAAUCCAAAUAAAGACAAUCUAUUUUCAAAUUCCACUCAAAUCGUCUUUUUUUGGGGGGGAAAUUUGAUUGUUUCAGUUGUUGUUGCACAGCCUCUCGCGAUGCUGCUCCUGCUCUGCCUGCACGAAGCCUGCAUGCGAACCAAUUUCAAGUCCGCGUAGUAGGUGUCGCUGUUGACCACGUCUGCAUCCGCAGUACGAGCGCGUGCAGGGGGGGGUGGGGUGGGGUGGGGGGGGGAGAGGAGGCUGCGUCUCAAGGCCAUUUUCAAAUCUCAUUGGUGGGCUUGUCAUGUGGUCGGGAGGCAUCCUGACUUACACGGAGAUUGUUUUUCCUAGAUAUGUCAGCUUACAAAGGACAUCUCUCUCCUCUAAAGAACCUAACCCCCCAAAAUGUCCUUUCCCAGUAGCUCUCCUGCGGCAAACACAUUUUUAGUGGACUCUUUAAUUGGUGCUUGCAGGACGGACAGCUUUUACUCCAACAGCAACAUGUACAUGCCGUCCGGCUCAGAAAUGGGAACUUACGGAAUGCAAACCUGUGGACUCCUGCCGUCUUUCGGCAAAAGAGGGGAGGUCAACCACCAAAAUAUGGGCAUGAAUGUCCACUCGUACAUACCUCAAAUAGAUAACUGGACUGAUCCGAAUAGACCCUGCAGAAUAGAGACAUCCAGUCAGAUGUCAAACUGUACAUUUUCACAGAGCAUAAAGGAAGAGAGUAACUGCUGCAUGUACUCCGAUAAGAGAGUACAAAAAGUCAGCUCGUCAGAGGUCCCCGCAUAUUCUAACGUUAUUCCAGAGUCCUGUCCAGUCGAUGGUCCCGAGAUCCCGGUUCCGGGGUAUUUCAGACUGAGCCAAACUUAUGCGAAUGGGAAACAUCAGGAAAACUACUGCCAUGAGCCGCCGAGUCCAAACCCAACACUGAUGCAACUCAGCCGAGUCACCCCAAAACCGCAGUCCUCCUCGGCGCCUUCUAAUUUUGCAGAGGUGGAAAAGAAAACCGAGGACGUCCCGCAAAAACCCGAGACAUCAAGGACACCGGUCCCCGCAGAAAGCCCGGAUCCCAAACCCAGCUCUGGGGAGAAAAACUGCCCCAUGGAAGCCUCUGUGUCCAGUCCUGAGCUGCUACAGAAGGAAGGGAAAGACUGCAAGAGUGACCGGGCGACAAGCAACUGGUUAACCGCAAAAAGUGGGAGAAAGAAAAGAUGCCCCUACACAAAGCACCAGACCUUGGAGUUGGAGAAGGAGUUUCUGUUCAAUAUGUAUCUGACCCGAGAGCGCCGCCUAGAGAUCAGCCGGAGCGUCAACCUGACCGACAGGCAGGUCAAGAUCUGGUUUCAGAACCGCAGGAUGAAACUGAAGAAAAUGAGCAGAGAAAACCGCAUCCGUGAACUGACCUCAAAUCUCACCUUUUCGUGAACUUGCAUGUAUCUGUGUUUAGCUUUUAUUUUAUUUUAUUUUGAAUUAUUUUUUUAUUAUUUCCUCCCAUAUUCAGUUUGAUGCUUUAGUGGCAUUGGACGUUUUAUCUUCAAUUUCAACGAAACUGUGACUAUAUAGUACUAUGUGUGGCGUCGUGUGUUUGUCUUAUGUUUAUCACAGGGUAACACUUUUUGGUCUUAAAUUAUUGGAGAAGUAGAUUUCUUCCUUCUGCCAGUAGACAUGGAUAUUCUGUUGUGUCGCGAUUGGCGAGCUGUUCGGAAAGAGUUACUCUAUUUCAGUCAUGAAAGCACAUUUAUUGUCGUGUAGUGCAACAUUUGUUUUACAGUAUGUGCAAGCCAUUUGCUCCAUAGUAAAAUGUUUCUAUGAGCCUUUAAAGUGACGGAAAACAAUGUUAAUCUGUGAAUUUAUUGCAUGUUUGUGGCAUGUAUCUUGCAAUAAAUUGUCAAAUAAU